GCCUCCGCCUCAAAACUGUGCUCACCUAUUGCUGAAUUCCACCAUUAUGUGCGAUUUCUCUGAGUACGGUACCCCAAGCGAAGAAUGGCUCCGCGUUGAGGCCACAUUGCCAGAGCCGAAAAAGCAAAGUAUAGCCGAGCUGAAACGAACGACGAAUCUCAACAGGGAGGCUGCCGCGCAGAGAGAUAUGGAGCUGGAGGGCCUCUCCGUACAAGUGUCGAUGCAAGACUACUCUAUUGCUACUCGUGAUGGUUACGAUCUAGAGGCAAGGAGCUAUCGUCCAUCGGCGGUAUGUCCUACCCAGACACUUCCCGUCUACAUACACUUCCACGGAGGCGGAUUCCUCUUUGGUACACUCAGUUCCGAAGAUGCCAUUUGUUCCCGGCUUGCAGUCAACGCUAGGGCUGUUGUGUUCAAUAUCAACUACCGCCAUACGCCGGAAUACACAUAUCCCACAGCUUGGAACGAUGCAGAGGACGCCUUGCUUUGGGUCUGCCACAAUUCGAGUCUGAUAUACGGGGAUCGAGAGAAGAUCAUCAUCGGCGGUAUAUCAGCCGGUGCCUGGCUGGCUGCAUCCUUAACCCAAGCGGGUCUGUGCCGUGGCCAAAUCAUAGGGCAGGUUCUUAUGAUCCCAUGUCUCGUGUACACAAAAUGCUAUGAGCCGCAACUCCAACAGAUCAAGAGUCCCAGUGUUUCUUCAUAUCAUCAAAAUGCUCACGCCCCGAUCCUGAAUCGCCAAAAGAAACAGCUGUUUGGUGACCUGUUGCAAGUCGAGAACCCUGACCCAAGGGACAAACGACUUAACCCUGGACUCUUGUCGCCCAUGGAGGCAAGGGACAUCCCACCUACUACGCUUGGAAUUGCGGGGUAUGACCCUCUUCGCGAUGAGGGGUUGCUAUAUGGAAAGCUGCUCGCGGAGAAUGGCGUCGCCACCUCUGUCAACGUCUUCAAAGGAGUCCCACAUGGAUUUCGUCGCUUUGGGGAUAAGCUUUCGGUUUGCAAGCGAUGGGAUGAGGUUAUGGUGGAGGGUAUUCAAUGGGCCUGCACCAAAUCUGUCGCGUCAGGCCAGUUUUCUGUCGAUGUAUUUUGAAGAGUUAAG